AAAUAAAAAUAAAAAAUCAAAGUAUAGUUUUAGAAUUGAGCUAAAAAUAUAUCUUGGGAGUGAUAAAGUCGUCUCGAACCAGAGCAGCCAUUGAAGUGAAGCUCAAAAAUCAUCAAGAAAAUGCAAAUAGCAUCAAAAUGCCGUCUCUUUCAUUCCCAUUUCUUCUCCAUUUUCCCUCAAUCCAUCAAACCCAAAAACCCCUUUUCUCCCAAAAUCCCAAAAAAUCCCCAAUUCAGUAUUUAUGCAUCAUCUUCAAGAACCUUCAACUCUUCUUCUUCUUCAGCUUCAAUAUUGGCCAGGAAAGUACUUUUUAUGGCUCCUGGAGUUGAACCAGAAGAUAUUAAGGAAGAUAUGAUUUUACCCGGAUCCAAUAUAGUUGUCGGACCCUAUGCGGGUGAUGCGAAGAUUAAGGAGGUUGAGUUUGUGAAGAGUAGUAAUAAGCCUAAAGAUUGUCCUAAAGAUGAAAGACCUGAAUUUGCUAUGUUGGGUCGGUCUAAUGUUGGCAAAUCAUCCCUUAUUAAUGCUUUGGUUAAGAAGAAAGAAGUUGCUCUUACUUCUAAGAAACCAGGGAAGACUCAGCUGAUUAAUCAUUUUUUGGUGAACAAAAGUUGGUACAUUGUGGAUUUGCCUGGUUAUGGUUUUGCUAAUGCGUCUGAAGCUGCUAGAAUGGAUUGGUCCUCCUUCACAAAAGGUUACUUUUUGAAUCGAGAUACCUUGGUGUCGGUUCUGCUUUUAAUUGAUGCUAGUGUACCCCCUCAGAAGAUAGACCUUGAUUGUGCUAAUUGGCUUGGACGCAAUAAGAUACCAAUUACAUUCGUUUUCACGAAGUGUGACAAAAUGAAGGGAGGGAAGGCAAAAAGGCCCGAUCAGAAUAUUAGAGAUUUCCAAGAGCUAAUCAGGCAGAAUUACAAUCAUCAACCUCCAUGGAUAAUGACUAGUAGUGUCUCUGGUUUGGGCAGGGAUGAGCUACUUCUACAUAUGUCACAGCUGCGAAACUAUUGGAACAACGAGUAGCUCAACUAAAACAUCAGUGUUAUUUUAUGAGGAUAUUCAACCUGGUCCAAACACAACGAUUAUCUCCAAAAAUGAAAACGUGGAAGGAAGGAUACUCUGGAGACGAUGCUGGAAACCUACAAGUAGAAUCGAACAAAGGAGUUUUUGCAAAUACUUAGCUAGCGUUUGGGUAUAAAUUUUGAAAAUUGAUCUUAAAUAUUUGUUUGACGAUGAAAUUGGUUCAUACAAUUGCCUGUGUUGUAAUUUGGUCAGUUAAAGCAUAGCUACUUUUUUUGUUAUUAUUCACCACUUGGAUAUAGAAGGCCAAAAACAGUACUAGUGUAAUGUUCUAAUGAUGAUACCUGAUUUGUGGAUAAAGACAAAAGAAGGUAGUUUGGUGCACAAA